AUGGAGGCCGCCAAAGAGCUCCUGAGGACGGCUGUGCGGACCUUUUUCACACACCCCAAACAAAUCCUCAUCAUCGACGCCAUUCUCCUACACUCUGUGCUGCAAAUGGAUGAUCUGAAUCUCCUGCUACAAUCACAACCCAAAGACAUCCGAGCACUGCUGAACCCUCUCCGCAACGCACGCCUGAUCGCCACCGGAGCAAGAGCUGAACAAAAAGUCACUGGCGCGAGACCGUCUUCUCGAGAAUACUACUACUGUCCGUUCCAUCCUGCGAUCGACGCGAUCAAAUACAAGAUUGCCAAGCUGCGCAAGAAAGUCGAGGCACUCUACCAGCAAGAUGAGAACACCAAGCGGAAAGACUGGCGCUGCCCUCGCUGCAAAGCUGAAUAUGAAGAGCUCGACAUCCUUGACAAAGUCAACGAGGACGGCUUCUACUGCGACAGAUGCGGUGCCACCCUUGCACAGAACGAGCAGGCAGCACGGACAAACAUGGACAGAAGCAACCACGAGAAGAUCCGCAAGCUGAACGACCAACUCAAGAAAUUCGACGCCAUGAUCCUCAAGAUCGACCGGCAAGACAUACCCGAAAACGACUUCCAGAGCGCGUGGGACAGAAGAAAAUAUGUUCCCCGCCCUCAUGGCAGCGGACGGCAGGACACAGCCGAGACACAAUACAUGACUCUCAACCGACCGGGCCUGAACCUCAAGAAACACGGACAGCCCGAGCUCGUGAAAUCAGAAAACCUCACCGUCAACCUCACGACGAGUGAAGACCAAGAGAGAGAAGAGGCCGAGCGGCGUGAAACCAGACGCAAGCAGCUCGCCCAGCAGAACCAGCUACCAGACUGGAUCACAAACACACUACACAACAACAGCAAUGCCUCCACAUCUGAUCUCGGUGAAGCAGGAGCAGUCGCCAACGGCACUGCCAUGGCACCAUCAGAAGACUCUGGCGCUGAAGACAUGGACAACGAAGACGAAGGAGACUUUGAGGACGUCGAAGUGGACGCACCUGCUCCUGUUGUCGGCCUGAAGAGAGAACACAGCGUCGCAUUCCAAGACGACAGCGAUGACAACGAAGACUUUGAAGAUGCCGUUUGA